AUGGCCAUCGGAAUGGGAACGUUUACCAGGUUUUCCCAGAAAUCAAAGCAACAGUUGGAGGUCAUGGAAGUGGAAAAUAUAAUUCUGUCAGACACCGUGGAGCUGCUGACAACCGGUCUGAGGUACAACUGCAGCACGUGUGACAUCGACUGGGUCCAGCAGGCAGCCAGCUGUUACUUGCUGUCUGAGAAAGAGAAAACCUGGCAGGAAAGCAGAGACGCUUGUGCUGCGAUGUCGGACAGUCUGGUGAAGACAGACACCCAGGAGGAGCUGGCGUUCCUGAAACGCGAGACCUCCAAGCGGGGCAUACGACACGGUCAGCAGCACUUCUUCAAUUUCUGGACAGGGCUGAACUACGACAAUGACAUCGGGAACUGGACGUGGGCUGACGGCUCCCCUUUCUCCUUCCAGCUGUUCCAGGUCCCAGGAGCAGCUGGCUGCGUAUACAUGCAGGAGGGGGACAUCCACAUGCAGAGCUGCACCAAAUGGGAGGUUAAUAUCUGCAAGAAGCCAGCCAGGUUUGGCAGCAACUAAGCAGCCAGGCAGGCGUGGAAGAAGGAGCAGCCUGGCGGUUCCUGUGGAUCUACCCCAUCCUGGCACCUUGCAGGCGUUACACUCAGAUCCUGUUCAGCACAACCGCACUGAGCGCAGC